UUUGUUGAUACUUGAUUGCCAAACAAUACAAUUUAAACAAGCAUUUUAAUUUCCAUCGUUAGACGUUAAACUUUAUCCGAAUUUGUCCGCAUUACGAGUUGCGACUGACAACGGUUUUUGCUGUUGAACCAUUUAAAUUUGUCCGUCAUAACGGCUAUAUUAAUAGUUUAAAGUUUUACUUUUUGUGAAAUGGCCGGCGAAGUUAUUGUUGAUGCUCUUCCUUAUAUAGAUCAAGGAUACGACGAGCCGGGUAUUCGCGAAGCUGCUAUGAGCAUGGUUGAAGAUGAAAAGAGACGUUAUAGGCCAUCCAAAAACUACCUUGAACAUUUACCACAGCUUAAUAUUACAGCUUUUGAAACCGAAAUGAUGCGUGCAGAAUUUGAUAGGCUGCAACAGCGUUUGCCCAUGGAAACAAUGAGCAUGAAAAGAUAUGAAUUACCGCCACCACCAGCCGGAAAACUUACUGAUAUGUCUGCCUGGAAUGAAUGUUUAGAAAACUCAAUGGCCCAGCUUGAACAUCAAGCUACUAGAAUCACUAAUUUAGAACUGAUGACAGAGUUUGGUACAGAAGCUUGGAAAUCAUAUUUAGAAGUCUUAGUUAAAUGUGUAGCAGCAGCUCAACAACAAGUUACUAAACUUAGAAAACAAGUUCAAGAAGUUAAUUUUCAACGUAAAAAUGUACAAAUGCAAGUUGGAGAGAAGCUACGUGAUUUAGAAGCUAAUUGGGUAGGAUUAGUAAGUAAAAACUAUGAAAUAGAAUUGGCUUGUGCACAUCUUGAAAAACAAAUAAGAACCUAUGAAUUAGCUAUUCCUGAGAGGAUUGAAACUGAUUAAGUGUAGUAACUUCCAAUGACAAUGUAAAUUUAAGUAAAACAUUUUGAAAAAAAUAUCUGUAAAAAUGUAUUUGUAAUUAUAUAUUUGAAAAUAAAAUAUUCAUAUUUCAUUU